UUUUCUACGCAGGCGCUACAGCAGCCCGGAUCGCUGGAGCUUUGCCUCUCUAGGCCGGUAGGGACUCUCCUCCAUGAUCCUGUCUGUCAAGACUGUUUGGGGGGUCGGCCUGUGAGGCUGGGUCGCGUUCGGACGGUUCGAUCCUCGAGUUGGUCACCGGUGAGUGGACCCCGAGGAAACGUGCCGGGGCGUCCUGAAACCCAUGGCCCGGCGGCGCUGACCCAAGCCCCUGGCGGAGGCCGGGCCACUCUGGCCGGCAUGGCGGGCCAGUUUCGCAGCUACGUGUGGGACCCGUUGCUGAUCCUGUCGCAGAUCGUCCUCAUGCAGAACGUCUAUUACGGCUCUCUGGGCCUGUGGCUGGCGCUGGUGGACGGGCUGCUGCGCAGCAGCCCCUCGCUGGACCAGAUGUUCGACGCCGAGAUCCUGGGCUUCUCCACCCCUUCGGGCCGGCUCUCCAUGAUGUCCUUCAUCCUCAACGCCCUCACCUGUGCCCUGGGCUUGCUGUACUUCAUCCGGCGAGGGAAGCAGUGUCUGGAUUUCACUGUCACUGUCCAUUUCUUUCACCUCCUGGGCUGCUGGCUCUACAGCUCCCGGUUUCCCUCGGCGCUGACCUGGUGGCUGGUCCAAGCCGUGUGCAUUGCCCUCAUGGCUGUCAUCGGGGAGUACCUGUGCAUGCGGACGGAGCUCAAGGAGAUCCCCCUCAACUCAGCCCCUAAAUCCAAUGUCUAGAAUCGGGCUCUUUGGACACCCGGCUGGGCAGGUGCCCCACCCCCCAACGCCUUGGGCCGCCUGGACCCUCCAGGUGAGGUCCAGCCCGGGCCCGAGAGGAACCCUGGAAGUGUGAAGUCUGUCCGUGUGGGAGAGAUAGCGAGGUCCCGGCAAGAAGGCGGGGAGCAGUCAGGGUCCCGGCUGCGAUGGCCCUUGUCUGCGGAAGCCUUGGUGUCCGGGAGGUCAGCUAAGGGCUCUGAACUUGGUGUCCGGGAGGUCAGCAAGGGGACGUCGUUCAGGGUAAUAGCAGAAUUGGAACCAUGUCACUCUUGAGCCAUCAUACCUGUCACCAGCCUGUUAUUUUAAAAAAGAAAAAAAAAAAAUCAAGGAUAUCUGAUUGGAGUGAACCACUCUUCUGGUCAUCGGUCUUAUGUCCCCGGACAGCAGUCGCCUUUGCCGUGCUGCGGAACCGCAGCUCUUCCGUCUGGAGAAACGCUCGGUGUCUGGAUCCAGAGCCGCAGAGAAAGACGCGGGUGCACAGCGCCAGGCUGCUCUGGGGCGAGGACGGCAGCCAGAUGGAGGCGGUCAAACGCCGGGAAAACGCACAGCCCGUGUCUCCCUAUGUGCGCGUGCACCCGGGAACCUAGGACUAACUUCCAGUUCUCUCCGAGGGGUCCCCACCUGCUGCCAGCUUUCAAUGUGGUCAGCGUUAGGACCUGGAGAAGCGUCCUCACUUCACUCCCAGUCUCACCCUCGCAGUGGAAUCUCUGGGAGUGACCGGCCCCCUCGGCUCCCCCCGGACGUCAGUCAGUUCGGGGCAGAGGUCCUUUUUCCUGACUUCUUUGGAGGCCUGCAGUGGGAAGGGUGUGACGGGCGUCCGCAGACGGGAAGCCCGGUCUCCCAGCUGGACCUGCGCUGACAGUGCGGAGGGGGACAGGGACUUGCUGUCGGGGUUCUUGUUGGGAGUGGAGUGUCCUCUGUGCGGGGCGUGCAGCUGUCCUUCCCGUGUACAUAAACACAGUAUUUUCCA